AUGGCGGCCAAGGUAGGUCGAACAAACGCCAACAAAAGCCUUGAAAGUCUACUAGACAUGGACAAAACAGCAGCUGCAAAGAAAAAUGCUGUGCCAGUUGAGACUCGGAAAAUGAUUCCAGGCCACGGUCUUGAGUUCAAAAAUGUAUCGUAUAGUGUCAAAAAGAAGCAGAAGAAAGACGGUGUUUGGAUCAGUAAAGAGGCUUAUCUUCUCAAUGAUAUAUCCGGUCAGGCUUUGAGAGGUGAAAUUAUGGCCAUCAUGGGUCCGAGUGGUGCUGGAAAAUCCACUUUUCUCGAUGCCUUAGCUGGUCGGAUUGCUCAGGGAAGUCUUCAAGGAUCUGUCAGAGUAGAUGAAAAAGCGGUUACUACCAGCUACAUGAAGAUGAUAUCGUCUUAUGUGAUGCAAGAUGAUCAGCUAUUCCCCAUGUUAACCGUCUUCGAGACCUUCAUGUUUGCUGCUGAAGUCAGGCUUCCUCCUUCCAUUUCUAGAACUGAAAAGAAACAAAGAGUCUACGAGCUCCUAGACCAACUAGGAUUAACGAAUACCGCGCAUACAUAUAUUGGUGAUGAAGGCAGGAGAGGAGUGUCGGGUGGGGAACGGCGAAGAGUGUCAAUAGGAAUUGAUAUAAUCCAUAAGCCGUCCCUGCUGUUUCUUGAUGAACCAACCUCAGGUCUUGAUUCUACAAGUGCUUUCAGUGUGGUGGAAAAGGUGAAGGAAAUAGCGAAAAGCGGCAGUAUUGUGUUGAUGACUAUCCACCAGCCUUCCUUCAGAAUUCAAAUGCUCUUAGACCGGAUCACAGUUCUUGCAAGGGGUAAACUGAUAUACAUGGGAAGCCCAGCUGCUCUUCCUUCUCAUCUCUCCGGAUUUGGAAGGCCAAUUCCAGAUGGUGAAAAUAGCCUGGAAUAUCUUCUCGAUGUCAUCAAAGAGUAUGAUGAAUCCAAUGUGGGACUCGAUCCUCUUGUUCUUUACCAAAGUGAGGGACUCAAACCUGAUCAAGUAGCCAGGACUCCGAUCCCCAAGACACCAAAAACGCCAAAAACACCACGAACUCCCUACACUAAUACCUCUGGAUCCAGACUAGGUAUCAACCUCUGGAGCCAAGCAUUCUCAACCAGUGGAACAUCUCGAGCUGACUCUGGGCAAUAUGGAUAUGAUGAUGAUGAUGAAGACGAUGACAACUUUGAUAAUUCCCUCGAGCGUAGGACUAUGCCCACACCGAUGAAUUUACACAGUGGUGUCUAUCAACCAAGGUUGGCUUCGCAGUUCUAUAAAGAAUUUUCAGUUUGGGUCUACAAUGGUGUCAAAGGAGCUCCUCGCCGACCAUCAUGGACUCCUGCAAGAACUCCAGCAAGAACGCCAAUUUCUGCUGCACGAAGUCAAGUUUCAAGCCAGUAUCCAACACCUCAACAUGUCCCUUAUCAUCCAAAAACUCCAGUUAUCUAUAGCCCGUCAGUGGAUUCAUAUACUGCUUCAUAUGAAGAUUUUUACAUGGAAGAAGAAAUGCUUGAUGAGCCAGCACAUGGCCCUAAAUUUGCUAAUCCAUGGCUCCGUGAGGUUGCUGUCCUCUCAUGGAGAACAGCACUUAACGUUGUUCGCACCCCUGAACUUUUUCUUUCGAGAGAGAUAGUAUUAACCGUCAUGGCACUAAUUCUUUCCUCACUUUUCAAGAACCUGAGCGAGUCCACAUUCAAAACCGUUAAUCAACUUAUGAAUUUCUACAUAUUUGCAGUUUGCUUGGUUUUCUUUUCAUCGAAUGAUGCUGUCCCAACAUUCAUCCAGGAACGAUUCAUCUUCAUCAGAGAGACUUCCCAUAAUGCUUACCGUGCUUCCUCCUAUGUUGUCUCCUCUCUUUUAGUCUAUCUCCCAUUCUUCGCCAUCCAAGGUCUCACAUUUGCUGCCAUAACCAAAAUCAUACUGCAUCUGGAAAGCAAUCUCUUCAAUUUUUGGAUUAUCCUUUACGCCUCCCUAAUUACUACCAAUGCUUAUGUUAUGCUUGUUAGUGCACUUGUCCCCAGUUACAUCACAGGAUAUGCAGUAGUAAUUGCCACAACUGCUCUGUUCUUCCUGACUUGUGGGUUUUUCUUAAAGCGGACACAGAUACCGAUCUACUGGAGAUGGCUACAUUACAUAUCUGCAAUCAAGUAUCCAUUUGAGGCAAUGCUAUCAAAUGAGUUCAAAGGAACAAAAUGCUAUACUGGGAACUUUUCAGAUCUUACGCCUGGUCCUCUCGGAGAUAUCAAACCUAGCAAACUGCAUAAUAACAAUACAAUUGGACCACAUUGCCCACUGAUCGGAGAAGAUUUUCUAUCCACAAUGGACAUCAAGAUGGACAACCUUUGGUAUGACGUCGCUAUCUUGUUAGCUUGGGGAGUGCUUUACAGGCUCCUCUUCUAUGUGGUUCUAAGAUUUUACUCUAAGAACGAGAGGAAAUGA